CCGUUGGGGGCGAUGCGGGGCCUCUGGUCCAGGGGGUUCGCAGCUAAAAUACCCAGAAAUUAUUUUUUUCCCGCGGCUUAAAGCAGCCAAUCAGCGCGCGCGGCGCCCGGUUGCCUGGUGUCGUUAGCAAGCGGGAAGUAUGGCGGCGGCAAGGAAUGAGGCGGCUACGUUGGCUCUGGGAGCCAGGGAAGGUAUCGGGGGCACUGGGGACUGGCCGGGUUCGGUAGUUAAUUGGUCAGGCCAGGGGUUGCAAAAGUUGGAUCCAACAUUACCCUGUGAUGCUGACAUUCAUACUCUAAUUCUGGAUAAAAACCAAAUAAUUAAACUGGAACACCUGGAGAAAUGCAGGAACUUAAUGCAGCUUUCAGUAGCCAACAAUCGACUUGUAAGGAUGAUGGGUGUGGCAAAACUGACUCAGCUCCGGGUACUAAACUUGCCUCACAACAGUAUUGGUUAUGUGGAGGGGCUGAAGGAUCUGGUGCACUUGGAAUGGCUAAACCUGGCAGGAAAUAACCUUAAGACCAUAGAUCAGAUCAAUAGCUGCUCAUCUCUUCAACAUCUUGAUUUGUCAGACAACAAUAUACCUCAAAUAGGAGAUAUCUCCAAGCUUUUGUCUCUAAAGACUCUGCUGCUGCAUGGAAAUAUUAUAGCCUCACUUCGUAUGGCACCUGUUUGCCUUCCUCAGAGUCUGAUUAUUCUCUCUUUGGCAGAAAAUGAAAUCAGAGACUUAAAUGAGAUUUCUUUCUUGGCUUCCUUUCCUGAGUUGGAGCAGUUGUCAAUUAUGAACAACCCUUGUGUGAUGGCCACACCUUCUAUUCCUGGAUUUGACUAUCGGCCAUAUAUUGUCAGCUGGUGUCUGAAUCUUAAAGUUCUGGAUGGAUAUGUGAUUUCUCAGAAAGAGAGUUUGAAAGCAGAAUGGCUUUACAGUCAAGGUAAAGGACGAUCAUAUCGACCUGGCCAGCAUGUACAGUUAGUCCAAUAUCUAGCCACUGUUUGUCCUCUUACCUCUACAUUUGGUCUCCAGACUGAAGAGGAUGCCAAACUGGAAAAAAUACUGAGUAAGCAGAGGCUCCACCAGAAGCAGUUGAUGUACCAAAGCCAAAAUGAAGGGCCACCUACAUCCUCUACUCCCAACAAAGUGGUGACUGCUAUGUAUGAACACAACAGUCCAACCCAAGGGCCCCAGAUAGUUCUUGAAAGUGAACCUGUUAUCCAAAGGAACUCUUGGGUUGGGCCAGGCUCCAGUGAUGACCAUUCCUAUGCAGUUAAGAAUGUCUUUCCAGCUUCAGUGCAAGCUGAAAGAAGCUGUCGCAAGGAGCUGUACCUGGAGGACAUACAGACUGAUGAGGACAAACUGAACUCUAGCCUUCUGUCCUCAGAAUCUACUUUUAUGCCAGUUGCUUCAGGACUGUCUCCAGUAUCUCCCACCACAGAAUUAAGGCUACAUGGAAUCAAUUUGAACCUAGAAGAUGAUGAUGAUGAUAAUACAGUGAUUGUAUUUGUGAAAGAGGUCAAUAAGGAUGAGGAUGAUAACAAGGAGGAAAAGACCUCUUGGGUUACAAAAGAGUGUUCCAUCAAAGCAGCAGAAACUGUGGAAACUCAAGAGGAAGAUAAUGAGGAUGGAAUAUUGCCUUCCCCUAGUCCAACAACAGUCACUGCUAACUCAGCUGCUAAUAUUAAUGACUGUUUAGCAUCUUCUGUUGACCAAGUUCUGUGCAACCACCUCAAGCUAAUGGAUGAUGAACCAUUAAUUAAAAAUCUUUAUAUUGACCAAACUAUAGAGAGAAAUUCUACUGAUGUAUCAGCUGCUGUUGAUCAAGAUGCUGAACUUCAAAGAAUGAACAAAGCGGCCACCAAGCUUCAGGCCUGCUGGAGGGGAUUCCACGCAAGAAACUACCAUCCCAGAGCCAAGGAAGUGCGUUAUGAAAUUCGGCUAAGCAGAAUGCAAGAGCAUAUUGUUUUCUUAACUGAUGAAAUAAGAAAAUUAAAAAAAGAAAGAGAAGAAGAAAAGAUUCAAAAACUUGUACAAGAGGAGGCUCUCAGAUACCUUUGGAACCAGGUUAGAUCCCUUCAGCAGUGGCAACUUUCAGUGAACCAAAACCUUAGCACUUGGCAGUGUGGUGUUUCUGCAUCAAGUACUUUGUGUCCAUCCAAACUAUCUGUCCCGUCAUCCGGGCUCAAUCAAGAAACCUCUCCUGUUGGUAGUUCUAGCUGGUUGGUUUCAGCUACUGAAGCUCUUCAUGAGAAAACUUUACCUGAGUUCCCAGACUCUGGCUUUCACUCCUCCAUAACUGACCAAACUCACGUUAAUGACUCUCAUAGCUCUGAAAAGAGUUCCACAGAAGGAAGUGAGAACUCUCUGAUUGGGAAUUCUAUAGAAACAGUCAAACAGUGUGGUGAUCCUGUCUCAGAAUGUAUUUCAGAUACAGAGGAUAUCCAGGCAGACCAUGAGGAAUGGAGUAAAGCGAGCUCAGAUAGUGAGCAGGACAGUAGUCUUCUCCAACAAUACUUAAUGUCAGUUCAGCAGCUAGAAGAGGCUGAUGACAGGACAAGUUGCAGUGAUGGGACAGAAAGGAGUGGGCCACAGACAGCUGCAUCAGAAAAACCGUAUUCUUUGUCUGAUGCUGUUUCUAUAAAUGUCUCUCAAGACGUACCUUCAGCUGCACAAAAUGAAAUUAAUCAGACACCAGAAAGUUACAAAUUGAAUUCAGGAGUAGUGGAAGAGAAGCAAACAGAAUGUGAUACUUCAUUUCAGGGGCUGCAUGUUGGCAUAGCUGUGUAAUAGGCUUAGCUCCAUGGAAAAUUAGAGAAUACAGUUAAUUUUUUUUUUUUUUUUUUUUUUUUUUUUGCCAUUUAUACAGAAUUUGUAUUCUUUUCGUAUAUUCUAUUCUGGAUUCCUAGACCCAUGUUACCAGAAAGACUUAACUUUUAAUAGCAUCUUGCUAAAUCUUCUAACUGAAUGUUGAUGCUAACUAUGCUAAACUGAAAUGAGCGAAGUUCUCUGUGGUGGACAUUGUGCACUUUAUUUCUUAAUGACUCUUGUAUCUUAACUGGUUUUCAUACGAUAUAAUUCAAAGGAUUAUGAUUUUUUCCUGUUGGCUCAAUUCAGCUAAAGUAGAUAAGUUUUAGUAAGUUUUUAUUUUUCCUAAAAGUCAGAGUUUGAGUUCAUGUUCUGUAAAUAAAUAAAUAAAUAAAAUAAAAAUAAGGAAACAGCAUGGGGAAAGAUAGAAAUAGAGGAAGAAUGAAGACUAUCUGUGCAUGUAUCGGUAUAAACUGACAGGAAAAAGGACAACAAAAAUCACUUAAUAGAGUUUCUGUGGACCCAAACUUGAGUAUUUGUCAAGAUUUUCAAAAGUAAGUGCUCUAAAACUAGAAUCCUAAGUUACUGACAGGACAAGUUGCAAGUGAUGGGGCGGUAGGCCAGAGACAGCUGCAUCAGCAGAAAAACAAGAUUCUUUUAUGUCUUCUUUUUUUAAGACAAUUGAAGCUUCUGAGUUCUCUGCACCUUUGAAAAUAGGCCAUUUAUUUAGAAGCUUAAGUAUGGACUUAAGAGAGUCAAACUUUAGGGAUGCAUUUUUAAAACAAGUCUUGACCCUUGUCUCUCAUACGGCCCAGUCAUGCUGUCCUUUCUCAGGUAAGACUCAUGCUAGAGUCAGUGGCAGUAUUUCAUGAGCAAGGGCUCCAAAAGGACCUAGUGACAUAAGCAUAUACAGUGUCCCUCUCUGCCAAGUGAACCACAGCAAUGUGUGUAGAAACAAGAUGAAAACAUAGUUCUGAAGGGAGCCAUACUGGUGUGGUUAAAAUGGGAGGCCUGAUGACCUAAUUAGAAGUAUUGAACUUUCACAGGGAUGGCCCUGUUAUCUGCUGGUAUCUCCGGUGUAAAUAUUAGGAGGAAAUUCCGUGAGUUGAAGCUGUUUUCUGCCCCUGUGCUUUUUGGUUUUUUUUCCCCAUGUAAAGGAGCAUUAAACAUUUGAUACUAAUUGGUUUUAAAUAUUAAUUGUAAACCUAUGUGUGUCUGAAUGUUCUGAUUUAGUUUUGCUACACCUUCCUUUUAAACUCUGGGGAAGCAGUGACAGCAGAUAAAUUAUAAAUGGCAGUUAUGCAUAAUGCAAACCCCACUUUAUCCUGUUAUACAUCGUUCAGGGAAAUAAAAUAAUCUUCAGUAUGGCACAAAAGUAGCAAUAGAAAAUUUUGUGCUGUGUAAUCGGGAACGGUCAUCAGUAAAAUAAAAAAAAUCCUCAAAUGCACUGUAAGGCAGAACCUCCAGAUCACUAGUAUUGCAUUUUGCAACAUGAGAGAUGAAUGGUUUUUGAAUUAUUUGUGUGAAUUUCUCUGAGGUCAAUGAAGCUAAUCAAGUGAACAAAGGUAGUUUUCACAAGGUCAGCUAUUGCUUCUUUAAAUGUAAAGUGAUUUUUCCAAACAUGUCACCUUGUUAAAUUCUGGAGAUCAUAAUUUUUUAAAAGCCUUGAUUCCCGGUCCCUAUUUGGUCCUGAGGAUGGAAUUCAGCCCUGUGCAGACAGCUGGCAGAAGGCCAGCGAACCAGUUGAGUCCCCAAAAUAGAGCUGAAGUGGAACUCAAGUAGUGUAUGGACCUUUUACCAGCCCUGUGCACAGGCGUGAAGUUCACCUUGAAAGAAUAAAUCUUAUCUUUAUAUAUAAUACAACCUUUUUAUUUUUCCAAAAGUCAUAGGGGAUGUUAUAUAAGUAUUGAGUAAUCCGGGAAUUCUUGUUGUAAUUAAGAAGCUAGGGCACUUGACUUAUUUUGAAUAAUGAGAAUAAUUAGAUAAUUGAGGUUGAAGUAUAUUAAAUAUACAUCUUGCCACCUCAUGCUAGUUAAAACACAUCUGUAAUGUAAUUAGGUUGGCAUUUAGUUGAUCUAAGGAGGUGUGAGAUCUUUACUUUCAAUGAAAUCAAUGGCUGUUGGGGAGCUCUGCAUCUUUCAGGAUCGGGCCCUUAGGGGGGUUGGUGAUUUUGUAUCAAUCUGGUGUGGAACUCUCAUAUCUCUCUUUAAAGGGACUUGGAGUGUACAUUAAGUGUGAGAAGAUUUCUCUGCGGUACACGAAACAGUUGCCAAAUCUUGAAAGGAAUCCCUAAGUGGUGAUUUGGUGGAAGUGACAAGUUCUCUCUCUAGUGACAGAAUGUCAGUGUAAUAGAUUAUAUGUUGAAAAAUAGUUAGAGCUCUCUUAGUUUCUUUGGAUAAGAACAGUAUCAAUUAUUGAAGACUUUAAUUUUGCUAUUUUAUAUAAAAGUGCCUCAUUUGCUGCCAGGAACUAAGCUAAGAAGAGUCAACAUAUGUUGUGUAAGUGCCAAAAGGUAAUACCGCCGUAAAACUAAUUUUCCAUGGAAGCCAUAGAAGUUCAUAGUAUUCCCUGUAGUAGUGGGACUUGCAAACACAAAUGCAUGAAGACUUUUAUUUUACCUGAUAUCUGUAUCAACUUUUACUUGUAACCUGUACAUCCAACUCUCUAUAUAACAUCCAAAAAUCUUUCGUUUUGUGAAGAUAUAGCAAAAUAUAUACCAACUUAUAAUAUUCAGCUGUAUCUUGUUACUUUUUCAAAAGCUUUGAAGCACAAAAUAUCUCUUCUGUUAUUGUGUGGUAUAUCUUGCAUGUGUAGAAAACAAAUUGCCUAAAUUUACCAUAUAUAAACAUAUUUAUAUAUAUGAGAGAGAGAUUUGGAUUAAUAGCUUUUGCAGGAUUAAAAGUAAUUAGUUGUACAUAAGCAAAAAAGUAUUGUGUUGAGCAGCAUGAAAUAAAAGGCUAAAUAAUAUCAUAAAUAUAGAAAGGAAAAGAGAUAACAAAAGAUAAAGUAGAAAAAUAGGAAAUAAAAACAUGAUGUAUGCUAAAAUAGGCUUAUCUGAGCUCACGUUCUCAGAUAAGCGAUUUUUUGUAGUGGUGUCAUACUUUAAUUUAUGGCUCAAUAAUUACUUUUUCUUAGAGGGAAUAAAAUUUUAAAGAGUAAUUUGGUCAGUUCUGGGCUAUGUGUACCUCCAGUCUUAGCUGUGGUCUAUGUUGUUUUGGUUUCCUUACACUAUUUCUACAUUUUUAUAAUUGAAGAAGGCAGUUUAUUUUAAUUUCCACUUCAUGUAAUAAGUGAUAGACUGUGAAUGUUCACAGGGUAGAAUUUGGAUAAAUGGAAUUGAAAGAUAAUCUUAAAAUGCAGACCAUUAAAAAUCUAUUUAGAGAACAAUGGAUUUAUUUAUUAAUCCUUGGGAAGAAGAAGGUGGGGAAAUUCUCCAUCAGAGAAGACAGACAGAUCACUAUUUCGGUUUUCUUGUAUGAAACCUAUGUAAUGAUUCCUGUAGUGCAUUCUUCAGGUAUCUAGAAUAGUCAUUGAAGUCAAUGGGAGUUGUGAGUAUAUAAGGAAUUUAGAAUCUGUUGCUCUAGAUACUUUGGUGGUGACUAAUCCGUCCUCUACAUCCUCCCUGCCUCCCUCCCCGCUUUAUGUUGUUUGGUAAACAAAAUGAAUGAGUGCUCUAAGAGGGAGAGCUUUUCAAAAGCAUGAAGCAGUGGUCUAAUACUGCUCCCAUUCACUUCAAAGGAAGCAGAGUUAGGCUUACAUUCAGGGGUGGCUCUAGGCAUUUUGCCGCACCAAGCAUGGCAGGCUGGCUGCCUUCGGCAGCUUGCUUACGGGAGGUCCCUGGUCCCAUGAAUUUGGCGGCAGCAUAUGGGAGGUCCGCCGAAGCUGCGGGACCAGCAGACUCUCCACAGGCAUGCCGCAGAAGGCAGCCUGCCUGCCGCUCUCUCAGAGACGGGCAGAGCGCUCUCUGUGGCUUGCCGCCCCAAGCACGCGCUUGGCGUGCUGGUGCCUGAAGCCGCCUCUGCUUACACUGAGUGCUCUAGCAAAUCUCAUCUUUAUAGAAAUGCUUUUCCCACAGUGCAGGUAAAAUGUUAAAAUUACAGAUUUGGUUUGAUCAUUCUAAAACACAAGUAUCACUGAACAAAUGGCUGUGGAAGCCCUUGAUAGAUUAAAUGGUGCAAGUGUAACAACUUUUAUAGAUUUAUUUCUAGGAGACCUCUAACAUUCAUGCUACACCUAAUAAGAAAAUGUACUUAUCAGCCAAUCUGUGUGUGUGUGUAAAUAAACUCAUUUUUAUAAAUAAUGUAGAAUGCCAUUGAGCUUGCAAAUUGUUCAUGAUUAUAUUAUUUUAAAAGUAUAUUGACAUUGUUAUGACCUUUUUGUACAUAAUGUCUAUAGAACUCCAAGACUUAUUUCCACUUGUGAUAGAUUGUUUGGAGAACUGGCCAAACUCAAGAAAUGGAAGAUGUAUUCCUCUGAGUCUAUUUUGGUUCAUUUUAUUUGAGUUGAAUGUAUAUCUAAUUUGAAAUGGAGAUGCCUUGAAUGAAAAUGCAGUAUAUAGCUGAUUAGUUCCUCUGCUUUUGAUCAGUGGAAAGGAGACUUAUUUCUAUUUUCUAUUUUUUUUUCUUGAAGUUUGUGCCACUCAAUUAAGUAAACUUAAAGUAUAGUGAAGCCUUUCAAAAGUCUCCUUCUUUUAAUAAUAGACCAUUUUCCUACUGUAACUUUCUAGGAAGUGUUUCACACAACAUAUUUUUUCUGGUCCCAUGGUUUGUGUUGGUGGCCAUGACUUGUGCUAUCUUAAAUGUUCACGUCACUUCAGCAAAAAGUAAAACCCAAGACACUUAACUCUUAUAAACUAUUUAAUAGUAUUUACAAUGAGUGGUGCUUUAACUAUGAAUAAGUGCCAUACCAAAUCUUAACUUACAGAACUAAUAGGUGUAAAUAAUUAUAUAGGAGACCAUUUUAUGGCUUCAUUACAUUAUAAAUACAGUGGGCUAAAUUCACCCUAAGUGUAACUCCACUGAAGUCAAUUUUGUUAAGUUUGAAUCUUUCACAGUAGUAGUCUAUCUCUAAACUAGAGUCUUAAAAAACAACAAUUAGGCCUUGAUUUGUCUUUAUACUUCUCACUAUUUUCUAUGAAUAAUGUUGAGUGGUUAAAUUGGUACAAUUCAUAUAUUUUCUAUGAUUGUUUACACUUACGAAUGUAUUGGUUCUGAUACUUAGUUUGUACCUCUGAGUUUUGAUUUUUAAAUAAAUUAUUUGUACAUUUA